CACAAAUAGAUAGAAUUAUUUUGGUUUUCUCUAUUAACUUUACGCUAAAAAAGCGAUAAAUUGCUUUGAAUAACUUCGAAAAAACAUUAAAGAAUCACUUAUAAGUUAAAUUAUCUGUAUUAGGAAAUCUGUGGUGGUAAUUAUGCAGCUUUUUCCUGAGAGUUCCGUUGAGGUGUACUCUUAAUUCGGGUCAGUACCUAAUAAACCUGACAGACACAACAGCUUGUUUCUACGCAUAUGAACACCUUUAUACGCUGGAGUCGAAAUGAGCGAUUCAACGAAACCAUUCCGAGAAAGACGACCUUUUGCUCAGAGAGUAAAGGACAUAGAAGCUAUUCGACAGGAACAUCCGGACAAAAUACCAAUUAUCAUUGAGAGAUAUCAGCAUGAGAAAAACUUACCAUUGUUGGACAAAAUCAAAUUCUUGGUUCCAGAUAAUGUUAACAUGAGUGAACUUGUUAAAAUUAUCAGGUUUCGACUCCAGCUGCAUCCUGGCCAGGCCUUCUACUUGUUGGUCAAUGACAGAAGCAUGAUCAGCAAUACAACCCCCAUAUCGGAGGUUUAUGAACGAGAAAAAGAUGAUGAUGGCUUCCUCUAUGUUCUGUAUGCAUCACAAGAAACAUUUGGGCAACAUAUUUAAAACACCCCCCCACUUUCCCACCAAAAAAAACAAAACCUAAAUGUUUUCUUCAAGAGAUUGGUCCCUGUUCCAUAUACUUCCCAGUAUAUGUUAUUAUCCAGUCAUCAGCAAUUCUUUCAUUAUUUUAAUUAAAAAAACUCUUUAAUUAAAGGUUUAAAAACAUUAGGGUUUUCUCCUCAUAGCAUUUUCCCAUUAUGUCUGUCUUUCAAGAUCUCUCUCAUUCGAUGUUUAAGAUAUUCAUGUUUGGUGUUCAGGUAAAAAUGUUCAAAGCAUUUAAACUAUUUAGUUAAAUCAUUUGACUAUUUGGUAACAUUGGAAAUCUCAAAGCACAGCUUUAUUUUAUAUGUUUUCAUGUUUGUUUUCUAUUGAAGUUCAAGGCAGUAAUUU